GGCUGGAUACCCGAGGAUUGCAAGAAGAGGACCGAAAGUUACAACUACUUGCAUUUCGAAAUUGACGUGUACAACGUGACCUACACCGACUGUGAUAACCCCUGGAUCCUGUGCCGUCACAAGAAAUCCACCACAAGCAAAGAUCACAUGAUCAAUAUCUUCGGCAGCAUGCCCCUUGGCAUGCGAGAGUACGCUAGGCACAUCCUCGCAAUGCCCGACAUCACGCCUGAUUAG